GCUUUAAUGCACGCUGAGCGCUCGGCCGGAGCAUAACCGAUAAAAACGGAGGAACGAUCUUUCGUGAACGGUCUCGACUUUUGAACGCUUUUUGUAUUUUUCAAAUUGGCCAACAGCACGGAGAUAAAUUUUCCGUAGAAAUCACAAGGGAACUAUUGUGAUAUCUGCACAGCAAAAUUCGACUAAUUUCACGAGAAAUUUAAGAAGAUGACUCGAUUCAACGAUCUACGUGCAAUUUUCUUCCUACUUCUGGUCAUACAGUUCGAGCAAUUUUUUUCUCCAAGGCGAGGAGUGUUGCUAAGCGAAGCUAGAAUGGAAGCACAGUUCGAGAAAUGCUGCGGGCUUGGUACCUCGUGGGCUUUGGAAGGGAUUGGAUGUGAAAAGUUCACAGGGCCGGUGUCCGGAGUGCCAACAGUGGAGCAGGGUCUUUGUUUGGAGGCUGUGGAUAUUUGUUGCGUGAGAACGUAUCAUGAGCAACAAUGCAAGAAAGGAAAAUCGGAUGCACGUGCUGGUUUAGCGUGCGUUACUGGUACUAAAAGCAAACGACGUUUAGGACCGGGCGAUUAUCAUCGUGAUUGUUGCGAAGCCUGUAAAUUAGGUAUUUUAACCGGAUCUAUGGGUCAAGGAUGCGCUUUCAAGUCGUUCACCUUUGGAAAUCCAUGGGAUCCCGCAUUUUUGGAGUGUUGUCAUGAAGCAUCACCGAGCACCACGACAAUCUUGACUACAGAAUUAACAGACGAAUCUUCGUCAAGCGAUACUACAGAAACCGACACAACGUCGUCAAUGACUGAGACAACGUCGUCGUCAACAUCCUCUUCCCCAUCAAUACCUACACCUCCGCUAGAUGAUAUUUGCCAACUUAUGAAGGGAUUACUCUGUUCUGACAUUUGCGUUCCUACACCAGGGUCAUACUAUUGCAAAUGUCGUGAUGGUUUCACUUUACUAGAAGAUGGAAAAACUUGUAGACAAGAUUUACCGACUGAUAGGUGCAAAUCAAGUAAUCCAUGUGAGCAGCGUUGCACGGACAAUGGAGUUGCAAUUACAUGCAGUUGCGAUCCUGGUUACACAUUAGCGAAGGACAAGCAUUCUUGCAUCCCCAAAUCACCGGAAAAGAAAAGCACUGUUCCAGAGGAAAAAGAUGAAUUGUCGCCACUUUGUCCAUCUGGUUACCGUUAUAAAGCUUCCAGUCAGGUUUGUGACGACGUGAACGAGUGCAUAGAGAAAGCAGUAUGUCCUGGUCAUUGCGAGAAUACUAUAGGAUCUUAUAUAUGCACAACGAAAGAUAGUAAAAAAACUGUCCCUUCUCAAGAUUGUCUUCCUGGAUACCAGUGGGAACCUGCUCUACGUCUUUGUGCAGAUAUCGACGAGUGUCUUAUAUUAUCAGAACCGUGUCCUGGGAGGAAAAAUUUUUGCGUUAAUACACAAGGCAGUUUUAAUUGCCUGAAAAUGAAGAAAUUAUAAAAAUUCCUUUUUCUUUUUCUCUUUUUAGAUGUGGAUGAGUGUGCAGAAGAAAUUCAUAGUUGUCUUAAAGGUUCGGAGGAGUGUCGUAAUACUGAAGGCGCAUAUGAGUGUGAUGUAAAGUGUAAAAAAGGAUUUACGUAUAGUAUUAAUCUGGGUACAUGUGUAGACAUUGACGAGUGCGCUGGAUCAUAUAACCCGUGUUCCGGCUCAAACACUACCUGUAUAAAUGUAAUAGGUGGUUACGAAUGUUUGCCUUUCAAUAAUUCUGCACCUCAAUUCUUGAUCGAUACAAAAGCGGAACCAUCGAUGUGUCCUGCAGGAUAUAAACCUAUGAAUGAUUCUAAAGAUGCUUGUAUCGACGUCGACGAGUGUAAGGAACAGUUGCAUUCGUGUGACGUAAACGAACAAUGUAUCAAUGAGAUCGGUAGUUACAGAUGUGAACUACCAUUAGACGCCGAAGAUACCGAUUUAAAUGAAAGAGAUGAAGAUAGUGAUUCAUAUAGUAGAGAAUACGAAGAACAACCCUUCAUUUCUCCAAGGAUUAAUCGUUCAGUGAUUUGUGAAGAAGGGUUCAUUUUAAAUCAGCAAAGCUUAGAUUGCAUUGAUGUCGACGAAUGCAGUAAUGGUUUGUCGAAUUGCGGAAUUGGCGAGCAGUGCAUCAAUUUUGAGGGUGGAUACAGAUGUUCUCCAGUGUGUCCACCUGGUUUUCAACCACGCAAUAAUAGUUACCAUUCCAAUGGAAUUCAAGGACCAUGUCAAGACAUAAACGAGUGUGCGCUUGGAUUACACUCGUGUAACAUAUUAACUCAUUAUUGUACUAAUACGAACGGUUCUUACUUCUGCGAAGCAUUUACAACCACAAGUACAACUACGACUAACAGACCAUUUAAUGAUGCAAGAAGCAACAAAAUGCAGACUAUCGAUCGUUACUUGUUCCUGGAUCCUUGCAAACACGGAUACACGAGAGAUUUAAAAAGUGGAGAAUGCGUGGACAUCGACGAGUGUACAACAAGUUCAAAUUGUCGGGAGCAUGAACAGUGUCAUAACAUUCUAGGUGGCUUCAAGUGUUCACCACUUUGUACCGUUGGCUGGUAUUUUAAUAAAUUAACAAAAGGUUGUCAAGAUGUUGACGAAUGUCUUUUGGGCAGGCACGAUUGUCCAGAGGGUACUCAUAUAUGCGUCAAUACAAAUGGUUCCUUUGUGUGUGAACUGAUACAGCCAUGUAGCAACGGUUACGAACGCUCUUUCAAUGGUAGUUGUAUAGAUAUUGACGAGUGUUUAGACGAUUUACACACUUGUCGAUUAGAAUUGUACCAGUAUUGUGUGAAUAAAAUUGGCAGCUUCGAAUGCCUGACCAGAUUACCUUCUUGUCAAACGGGAUUCACGUUUUCUGUAGCUAGUAGACAAUGCGAGGAUAUCGAUGAAUGCGUUACUGGUGAACACAAGUGUGACUCUAGAUUGUCCGAAAAAUGCAUCAAUCUACGAGGCACUUACAGAUGUGAAAGACCUAUAGCAGUUCAACGUCAACGUCAGAAACCUGCUUGUCCCACAGGUUUCAGGUAUCAUCCUCGACUAAGAAAGUGCACAGAUAUCGACGAAUGUGCGGAAGGUUUAGAUGCUUGUGAAGGCGAAGUUUGUUAUAAUCAGCCAGGUGGUUAUAGCUGCGCGAAACUUCCAAAACCUAUUACCAGGAAACCGACCACGACACCCUCACCAGCAUUACCAAAUCAGAAAUGCGCUCCUGGUACGAAAUUCGUUAGGAACCGUGGCUGUGUCGACAUUGACGAAUGUCAAGAAGUAGAAGACGCCUGUAGCAGCAAUGAAGAAUGCAUCAAUACCAGAGGAAGUUACAUGUGCACCUGCAAGCCUGGUUUCAGGCGCGAGAAUUUGACUCAGGCUUGCGUGGAUAUUAACGAGUGCCAACUACAGGAAGAUAAUUGUUUACCAACGCAGAGAUGCGACAACACCAUAGGAAGCUUCACUUGCACGCGUCUUCUGCCAUGCGGUACCGGAUAUACGUUGAACGCCGCUACUGAAAUUUGCGAAGACGACGACGAAUGUUUUCUCGGCACACACGACUGCGGAGCGGGUUAUCAUUGCAGAAACACACUUGGUUCUUAUCGAUGCGACCGUAAUCCACGUAUGCCAGUUUCACAGGCUCGAACUGGAAUUACAACAGCACUGACAACUACAACAUCAACAACCACGCAAGUUACACCAUCGCACAACUGUCCAAACGGUUUCAACCCUAGUUCCGGUGGAAAAUGUGUAGACAUAGACGAAUGUGAAAGGAAUCCGAACAUCUGUGGUAAAACGAUGCGAUGUAUGAAUACACUUGGAUCUUACAGGUGUGUGUCCAGAGUGAUUUGCGGCAAUGGAUAUACUUUGGAUCCGGUAACAGGACAGAAUUGUGUCGAUGUGGAUGAGUGCGCGGAUGGUACACACAAAUGUACCGCGGAUCAAACUUGCGUGAACAGAUUAGGUGGAUACGUUUGCAAUUGUCCACCUGGACAUGUGACUGGACCGAAUAAGGACUGCAUCGAUAUCGACGAAUGUAGCCUUUACGGUAACAUAUGCGGAUCAAAUAGUCAAUGCGAGAAUACAGUUGGUUCUUAUAGAUGCAACUGUGACAGUGGUUUUGAAAACGUUGGUAGUUUCACUGGUAGUGGUUGUCAGACUGAACACCGUUCUUUCGGUUUUUCUUUUUUUGAAGAUAUCGACGAGUGUAGGACAGGACAAGUUUGCAGAGGUCAAGAUGAAAUUUGUCACAAUACCAGAGGUGGUUUCCGUUGCAAUAGAAUAAAUUGUCCUUCGGGAUAUCACCGUGAUCAUGUUAAGAAAAACCGAUGCGUGAGAUCAUGGCCUUGUCACUACGACAAUCCAGCUUGCUUCAAACAACCGUCGCAUUAUUCGUACAAUUUCAUCACCCUUGUGAGCAUGUUACCAAUUGCGCCGAACGAGCCGGAGAACUUAUUCAAAAUGACAGCAUACCAUCAACAAGGUUCGGCGAUACAAUUCAGCAUGGCGUUUCUGGAUGCACGCGCUCCACCUGGCGUGCAACGCGCUACAGAAUCUUGUUUCGCUUUAAAAAGGCCAUCGCCAACCGAAGCUGUUUUGGUAUUGACCCAAAGCAUACAAGGCCCACAGGAAAUUGAACUCGAUUUAAGCAUGGAGUUCUAUCACCAUACGAUUUUUGCGGGAAGUGUCGUAGCAAAGAUCAUGGUUUUCGUUUCACAAUAUGAAUAUUAAAAAUGAUCUUGAAAAACGAAUUAUUAAAAAUUUCUUAACUUCUUUUUUUCAAUUUACUCGAAACGAUAUAUUUCAAACGCAAUAUUUCACAAUGUAGUUUAUAAAUUUUUCAUCUGAAUCUAAAGAAAUGAAUGAUACACAGGAUAUUUUUGAAAAAGAGUUCAAAAUUUAUAAGGUGAAUAAUGGGUAAAGAAAAUUAAUAAGUAGGAUUUGUGUAAAACAUAGUUUUAUGGGUCUUUCACUGCCACGCACAUUUCAUAUUAGAGACAUACACACGCAUGUUCGAUGACAUCAUUCAUACUUCACAUAGUUUCCUCUGCAAUUUUCCACACAAUUUUCAGAUAAUGAUUUUGUAUUUUUGAUGUACAAACAAGUAAUACUUAGGAUUGUAAUGAUAACAGUUAAAUUUUUUUUGGGAGGUAAAGGAAGUAAGAAUCGUUGUAAAAAAUUAGAACGAAUCAUAAUGAAUGGAGCAAUAAUUUUAUACUGUAUUUUCGGUACAUAAGUAGAUUUGUAUGUACAUAGGGUAUAUCUAAGUGUAUACACGUGAGAAAACGAAAGAAAAUCACAUUAAUCGUUUUAAAUUAAAUUCCUUUAGAUUAUUGUAUUCUGUAAACAUUAUGUCUUAUAAAAAU